AUGAUAUCAGUAGUACGAUUAUAUCUGGAAACUACCACUUCGAACAGAGUGCUCUCGAACACGUCUAUCUCUUCUUUGCUUAUAGCACGCGAGAACCAUCAAACUUUGCAAAUGGCAGUUCCCAAGAAACAAUCAAACUCUAACGAAUUGGCUCAGGUAGUUUCCCAGAUCCCGCCGGUGACUCGCACGCUGCUGGCUGGCGUCGUAGCAAUGACAAUCGUGUCAUCUAUGGGCAUUGUGCCGCGGGAGUGGCUACUUUUCUUCCUGUACCCAACGUUUAUGAAGCUGCAGCUAUGGAGAAUGUACACAAGCUGCUUCUUGCUGCCCAUGGACAAGAUGGCAGCCGUUUUCUGGAUGUAUAACCUGUACUCUUACUCCUCACACCUGGAAAAUGCGCACUUCUACAGCAAAAACAACGUGGAUUAUUUGUUUCUGCUAUGGUCGCUCAUUGGGGCGAUUGUCGUUAGUGUUACGGCGCUCCGGCUGGACCUGAGCUACAAUCUGACAAACAGUUUCAUGGGCGCGUUGGCCUGCAUCUGGAGUAUCAAGAACUGGAACGUCACCUUCAUGUUUUAUGGCCUGUUCCCCCUGAAGGGCAAGUACGAUCCGCUCUUCCAGCUAUUCUUGGCUUUUGUGUUUGAAAAUCACCCCGGCGGCUUCAUGCUCACGCUGAUCGGCUACUGCGUGGGCUACCUAUACGUCUGUCUGGACACCAGGACCCUGGGGCCGCUCUACGGAUACAUAGCUGGAAAAACCUCGAGCUACGGGCUGGCGGACUGCGGCCACUUCCGCGCGCCAUGGUGGUUCUCGGCUGUAUGCGAGUUUUUCGGCAAGAGUAAGCAUAAGGUUAACGUUAUAAUCGACAAGACAACUAGCUACCAAGGACAGGGACACAGGUUGGGCAGUGAGAAGGCAGCAGCAGCGGAUGCUGCACGCGUGGCCGCGGCUCGGGCUGAGCGCUUCAAGACAACUACAGUGCAAACGAACCACAAGACAACCGCUUCCGGAUUUUUCCCAGGUAAAGGCCAGCGUGUGGGGUCCAAAGACUAA